AUGGUCGUCUACAACUGCUUCGACGACGAGGACUUUCUUCGGAAAUCUGAGCACGGAAUCGGAAAACGAGCCAUCUACUACUUUUAUCUCGAAAAGUUAUCGCAUCCGCGUCCUGACCACAGUUCAUUUCCGUUUUUAGCUGCCCCUCGUGCGUGCGCAUCAAACCUCUUUUCGAUGAUUUGUGUAAGAAGUACGAAAAGACUGCGAUCGUCUACACGUAUCCCUAUUACAACGACGACCAAUGUGAGUCAAAGUAUUCUGGCGAAUGGUCAGCAUAAACGGCGACAUCUCUGUUUUUGCAGUGACUGGAGAGGCUUUCGAGGUCCGGCAAGUGCCCACUUUCGUCGUAAUGGAGAACGGGUGAGUGGGGAGAAUCAAACAGACACCGUCGAAAUCGGAAAGGUUUCAGACAUGAAGUGACCAGACACGUCGGAGCAGAGGACGACAAAGUGAUAGAGCUCUUCGAGAAGUACGCUCAAUAAAUGCAAAACUGUGAUUGUUAACUGCAAUGUUCGUUUUCUUUUUUCCUUCAAUAAAAUUCUGGAGGGGAAUGCCCCCUUGUACUUAAAACUUUGAAUGUUCCGUGAACGAGUCGAAUCAUUGGAACAUGGAACAUUUUUGACGGAUGAAAUUUGGAAAAACGAAAAACAACGAAAAAGAACAAUGAUGUGAGAUGUCUGUAGGCUGCGAAUGCCGUUGAACACUCACCGGCAACUGGACAGUACACACCUAAAAAACUUCGAAUGAUGAUGAUUUUUAGAUACCGCUUCUGAUUAUUUUCUCAAAACUUCUCUCAUUUACUCACGUAUGAGAAACCCGUGACCUUCCAAGUAGAGAUGGAAGCUCUUUCGUGUGAUCCUCUCCAUUUCUAUCCUCCGAAUGUACAGACGCCUGCCGAACGAGGACUUGACAAGCCCUCCGGAGCUGAGCACUCAGUCGCUCAGUCCUCCGGAGACCCGAGAUGCUCACACGGAAAAGCUGGUCUUGAGUCCGAUAACCGAAAUGACGGAAAGGUCAGUGAGAGGAUACUCGGAUCUAAUUGGAUGGAAACCGAUUGCAGAAUGUUCGCUUCUGAUGCAAAUCAAAUGAAAUUUUACCCUAAUUCAAGACAAAAUGAUGAUGUUCCCAAUCAAGUGAGACGAACCGAAUCUUGAUUGGUGUCUUCGACGACAUCUUUCAGACCGCUUUCGAUCGAGAGCACCAGUUCUGCUCGAAGUAUCUUACUCACUCGGAGAGAAUAUGCUUCCACUUCAAAAGGAUGCUUAAGUGGAAGAAGAAUCAAUGGUGCAGCUUCGUGAAGAACCGGGUUCCGAUCACCACGUGGCUUCCUCAGUACAGCUGGAAGACCAACAUUCUCUUCGACUUUCUCGGUGGUCUAAUGGUGUCGGUGAUGAGUGUUCCACAGAGUGAGUCAUCCUGGCAUCACUGAUCGAACAUCCAUCCUUGCACAGGUCUCGCGUAUGGUAUGCUGGUGGGAGUUCCACCUCGCAACGGACUGAUCACUGGAAUCAUCGGCCCGCUCGUUUAUUCCUUCUUCGGCACUUCGAGACACGCUUCCCCCGGUUCAUUUGCGAUCGUUUCCCUGAUGGUCGGAGCAGUCGUCGGAAGUAUGGAAGACACCGAUCCCUUCCUGCUUCCCGUCCUCCCGUACGAUGAAGUCUGUUGUCACCAGAACAGAACGCAAGUGUCGCCGGAAACGGCCGUCUUGCGGGCCGCCACCGUCACCCUCUUCGUCGGUUUCUUCCAGAUCCUUUUCGGCCUGAUGAACGCGGGUCUUUUGGCCGUCUGGCUCUCCGAUCAGCUCGUGCAGGGGCUCAUUUCAGGAGCGGCCGUCCAUGUUCUCACUUCUCAAUUGAAAUCAAUGACGGGAAUAUCCAAGGUGCCUCCGACGAACGAACCAUUUCAGCACAUACAGGUCAGUUCGGCAUUCCCAGCAUAUCGAACUGCGUCGUUCCAGUUCUACUUGUGUUUCUCUCGUCAACUGGGAAAUGUCGAGUUGCCUGCAACAGUGCUCUCACUCAUCUGCGUCGUUCUUCUUCUCAUUUCCUCACUUGUCAUCGACCCAAAACUGUGCAAGAUGAUACCGAUCAAGUUCCCGAUGGAGCUGCUCCUCGUGAUCGGAGGAACUCUUUUCGCCUUCUUCACCCAAGGAUAUCCGUCGUUAAAAAUGAAAACUGUAGGCCCAGUGGAUCAGGGAUUCCCUCCGCUGGUGAUUCCCGAUCUGAGAGCCUUCUCGCAAAUGAUGGGACCGGCCAUCUCCAUCGCGAUCAUCUCCUUCGUCAUCCACAUAUCCCUAUGCAAACUGAUCGCCAAAAAGAACCAGUACGUGAUAAACUCGAAUCAGGAGUGGUUUGCACUCGGACUGAUGCACACGACUUCUUCGUUCUUCGGCUGUUUUGCCGGCGGCUCUUCUCUGGGACGCACAAUGAUGCAGGAUAAAUGCGGAACCAAAUCGCAGCUCUCCACGAUGAUCUGCUCUUCGGUCAUGCUCGGAUUCGUGUUCGGCGCCUCAAAGUAUAUUGAGCACCUUCCGAAGCCGGUUCUCGCCUCGAUUGUAGUCGUCGCCAUGAAGGAUCUCUUCAUUCAAGUCUACCGCAUUUCGCCGCUCAGAAAAAAAAGUUUCGUGGACUAUGUAAGCAUUAGAGGAUCGAAACUAAUGAGAUCUCUUUCAUUUCAGCUCAUCUUCUCAACAACGUUCACCUCUGUUAUCGUUUUCAAUGUAAAUUACGGACUGAUAAUCGGAGUCGUUUUCGAGUUGCUGACGGUCGUUCUGAGAUCUCAAUGGUAUCAACCAAAUGGGGAUCCGAACGUGUGAGUUGUUUUUAGGGCGGACAGCACGAUGUUGGGAAGAGUACAAGGAACGAAUCACUUCCGACGGCUCGGACUCUACGGUACCGCGAUGGACAUCCCCGGAAUCCAAGUGUUCCGAUUCGAUUCGCCGCUCUACUUUGCCAACGCGGAACUGUUUGUCGGCCGGCUCCAUGACGCAUGUGGACUGUUUCCCGUGAUUGGUUUGUUGGAGAGAAAUUGAAAAAGGUUAGAGUAAUACGUUCAGUGAGAGAGCUGUCGAAAACGGAAAAGAACCGAAAAGACGGGGAGAACGGAACGGAAAAGAGCGACGAGGAGAGUCAGUUAUUGGACAAUCAGCAGAUAAGUUCGAGGAUUGGAACUAGACAAUGUAUUGGAAAGCACUCUUUUAGAGCUGGAUGUGACUGCUCAACAGGUCAAAGUGCUGGACGAAAUGCAACAGGAGGCGUCGAAUGCAAACUUUGUGGGCACCACUUUCACCCAUUUAAUCAUUGGUUUUCUGCGCGAACGAACAUGCAAUAGUCAAAAUGAUUUCCAGAUUGUUCGGCCAUAUUGUACGUGGAUUCAAUGGGCAAGGAAGCACUUGUGGACGUGUACAACGACUACAAAACUGUCGGAAUAUCGGUGAUGUUCGCGAACACGCAAGAGAGAGUUCGGCAGCUGAUCGAAACGACGAAGUUCUUCGAGGAAGUGCCCGAGAAUAGAAUGUUUGUGAGUGUGGCGGAUGCGGUGGAGCAGGCGGUUCGGGAGCAGCACAGAAUGAAAGGAACUGUCACGAGAGUCAGUCAAGGCUUCCCGGCCUGAUCUGACUCAUUCGCAAUGCUUUCAGCCGAUACCUGCGCCUCCGAAGCCAGCCGUCGCACAGCCUGUGGCCAAAUCAGUCGGACAGAAGUCUGCUCCUCUCGGCGAUAACACUCUUCUCCCGGCCACGCAGAGCUUGGGUGAAUAUUGGUUAUCUCUGAAUCCCCAUUUAAUAGAUUUGAUUUGUUCAGCUUCUCUGGUAACUGGAGUCGACAUUUCUGUGAAAGACAGCACUGCGAAGGAAGGAAUCGUUCAGAGGAGGAGCCGAGUGCCGAGCCGAUCGAGUGUGCAUUGGGCCGAUUUGGACAAAACUCAAUAG